AUGCCCAACGUUCGCCUUGGAUCGAUUGCUCCCAACUUCACCGCUGAGACCACUCAGGGUGUCAUCAAUUUCCACGAAUAUCUCGGAGACUCAUGGGGCAUCCUUUUCUCUCACCCUGAUGACUUCACCCCCGUUUGCACCACCGAACUUGGCGAAGUUGCCCGCAAAGCACCCGAAUUCGAGAAACGAGGCGUAAAAGUCAUUGGUCUUUCCGCCAACGACAUUGCCUCUCACGAUCGAUGGAUCAAAGACAUCAACCAAGUUGGCAAAACGUCGGUCAACUUCCCCAUUAUCGGCGACAAAGAUCGCAAAGUCUCGACCGAGUACGACAUGCUUGACGCCCUGGACCCGACAAACGUCGAUGCUAAGGGAAUCCCUUUCACGGUUCGUGACGUUUUCGUCAUCGACCCUAAGAAGGUGAUCCGUCUCAAGAUCUCGUACCCUGCAAGCACUGGUCGUCAUUUCGAUGAGAUCCUCAGGGUCAUUGAUUCUCUGCAGAUCGGCGACAAGUACAGGGUUACGACCCCAGUCAACUGGCAGAAGGGCGACAAGGUCAUCGUUCACCCAAGCGUUCAGGGCGAAGAGGCAGAAAAGCUUUUCCCUGGUUACGAAACCGUCAAGCCUUACUUGAGGUUCACUAAGGAUCCUUCUGUCAAUGCUGCCUAA